AUGAAUAUGUGGCCGGAAUUUAUUAGAUUAGUACUUGUUCAAAGCCAAACACAAUGUGACAAGCUUGCGCAACGGCUGAAGAGACGACUGGGUAGCCAUCGAGUGUCCGAUAGACAGGACGGUGAUCAAAAGACAACGCACAUUCGUGAUCAAACGCAAAGCACCGUGUUCAGGACUAGUGACCCAUGUCGUAUUGGUUGGAAAGAUGAUCUCCGUGAUUCACAAUUUGUGGACUCUGCUGAUCGUUCGCCGUCUUUCCGACAGCCUUCCGAUGCAUCUCGUUUCUCUGAUUCCGAACCCAUUGGGGUUGAUAUAAGUUGCAUGAACCUAGUACAUCCUGCAGCAAUUUUGCGUACAUGGCUGUUUCCACUGGUCGGACGCUACAAUGAUUUAUUCACCACUGUCCGAGUGGAUACAAUGCAACGCCUUCAGACAGUCGGGCAAGCAGAUUAUGAGAAGAGUCAAAGAACAAUAUUUUAUGCUGUACAGGUAUGCUUUGCCGUGACACGUCAAUUCUUGCGUCGGCUCUAUCCUAAUACUCCUGAACGGUUUCAAAACGAAAAGGAGUCGUCCUUCUACUAUGGUGAAACUUACCAAGAGGAACACUCAUCCGCAAAAAUUCCCCUCACUUCCCAACAACUAACUAAUCUUACUGAAGAAGUAUUGAAUCGGAUGGUCAAACGUCCCCCACGUGUAUGCGCUUGCUAUGCCGAAAUGGAUCCUCAGAAGCGGAACAUUCGGAGUCCGGCUCAACGUAGUGCAAUAACUUCAGCUGAAUUGGGCUGCUUGAAGGUUUUGCUUCAUAAAGUAUGCUCAUUGGCCUGGAGCCUGAUGUCAGAGAAACGUUCUGUCACAUCGUCACCAAGGCGCCUAGAUGACCAUGCCUCAAGCGUACCACGUAUUUGGUACGUGGAUGCAGAUCGUUCUGCCAAACCUGGGGACGCAUAUGACGAGAAGUGCUACCGAAGAAGCUUCGAUUCGGACUCUGCUUCCGGGGUUGUGCAUCAUUAUGUUUGGCCGUGUCUAAUACUAUACAGCCGAACACCCCGAAAUUUCUCAGGCUCACACGAGGAACCGCCCAACAAAAAUUCCAAAGGUUCAACAACAAAUGUCACAGCGUGUGUGCUAGUCAAAGGUGAAGCGUGCACACGCGAAAGCCACUACGAUUCGUCCAAGAAUUUUGCAAAAAUGACCACAGAAACACAUCCCAUCAAGUACCAAUCGAAAAGUGCCAGGACGAGUGCUGAGAGGAACAAAAGCCAAGACCAUAGUCCCUGUAAAGGACGCCAUCGAGUAGAAUAG